CUAGCAUUUUUCCGCAUUUGCAGGACAAUCUGGGUGAUACAGGAGCAGGAGGACAAACAAAAAUGGCACCAGCUUCUUCUAAGGGAGCACCAAAUCAUGGAGGCGCUGUAGGAACUCAACAAAACGCAGGCGCAAAUCAAUCGGGAACGGCUAUGGGAGGUACUAGCAAGGCAGGGGUCACAACGGGGCUAGUGCGAACAACCGGGAGACGCGCGGGUGGGAGACAGUCUGUCAUUCCGGAAAACGCCGACGGCAGAAGAGUUCAAUCUUCAUCAUCAACACGACCACAGAAUCACGAUUCUACAGGAGCAGUUGCAGUUGGAGCUGGACAGAAUAAGACAUCUUCAGCAAAUGUUGAGGGAGCAUCAAUGUCAGCUGGUUCUACCUCAACAUCAUCAUCAAUUAGAUACUCCUCGACUUUGUGGAAACAGCAACCCGAUGCGGCGCUUGCGUAUAGGCUGUAUGCGAUCUGGCACUUGCGGCAGCUGAAGCUUUUAGACGGCGUUCCCAUAUCAACGGGAGAACGACAAAAUGCCAAGGGUGUUUUCGCAGGUAGACUCACGAUGGAGGUCUUGGAAGAAACCUUAGGCCCAACGCCAGCCUGUUUUUACGUACGAUCGAUCGACUUAAGUAGCCUCAAACUACGCGAUUUGGGCAGCCUCCUCCAAGAUGAAGUCUUUCCGAGUCUACGUGAACUGGUUCUAGAUGAGAAUCCACUUGGCACAUUGCUGCAACUAGGUCCGUGCACGAAGAUCGUCAUUUUGAAAUGCAAUAGAACGAAAAUGUGCGACUUACAUCUACUUGCCGGAAGUGGAGGAGUAGGUACUGGCACAACAGGAAAGAACGCCACUUCUACAUCAACGACUACAUCUACUUCAGGUGGUG